CGCAGAGCGGCGCUGUCGCGGGCGGAAGCGGCGGCGGCGGGCGCGGGCGGGCCCGGUGGCCUCGGUGCGGCGUCCCGGCCCGGUGGCCUCGGUGCUGCGUCCCGUGCGACCCCCCGAGCCCCGGCGCGGCCAUGGCGGAGCCGCCGCGCCCGCAGCGGAAGCUGUCGCGGGUCGGGGAGAGCCUGUACCGCGUGCUGGGGCUGCAGAAGGGCAGCUCCCCCGAGGAGAUCAAGAAGGCCUAUCGGAAGCUGGCUCUCAAGUACCAUCCCGACAAGAACCCCGAUGACCCGGCGGCGGCCGAGCGGUUCAAGGAGAUCAACAGCGCCCACGCCACCCUGAGCGACGCGGACAAGCGGCGCCUGUACGACCAGUACGGCUCCCUGGGCCUCUACGUGGCCGAGCAGUUCGGCGACGAUGCCGUCCGGCACUACUUCCUCAUGUCCAAGUGGUGGUUCCAGGCACUGAUGCUGUGCUGCGGUGCCCUCACCUGCUGCUGCUGCUGCUGCUGCUGCUUCUUCUGCUGCGGGACAUGCUGCCCGCCCAAAGAGGAUGAGUCUUACAAGUACGUGGACCCCAAGGACCUGGAGGCACAGAUGCGUGCAGAGGAGGGCGAUCCUCAGAUCCCUGUUGUAGCACAGCCCCCGCCUGCCAGCACGGAGCCGCUGCCAGCCAGCACCAGGAGUGAUGCCUGAGGCCGGCCCCAUCCCACCUGCUGCCCCAGGACUUGGGGCAGGGAUUCUCCUUUGGGACUGUCACUUUCUGGGACCAUGGUCCCGCCCCCUCCGACUGGCUCAUCAGCCUCGGGAGGGAUAGAAUCUCAGGUUAAUUUGGCCAGCAUCAAUGCACAGGCUCCUGGGCCCCUGCUCGAGCUCCAGGCAAUGCCCCUGUGUCCCAGCACUGGUGGUGGCAGUGGCCUGGAGCCCGUGCUGCUGUGGCUCCCUUUAGUGCCUUGCCUGUGCCCCGUUGGGCACCGAGCACCAGGCACGAGCAGAGAUGCUCCAGGCCGAGCUCCGUGGCUCGGGCGAGGGAGCUGAGCGUGUCCAAGACCAUUAGCACUGUAACCUCUGGGGCUGGGCUGAGCCCAGUGCCCCCUCAUGCCACCCUCCCGAUGGGUGCUGGGUGCCAAACGCUGCUGUGGGGUUGGGGUGCUUCUGUCUGUACCCCUUUCCUCUGCCCUCUGGGUUUGUCUGGGUUUUUGUGGGCACCAUUAAAGACUGACGGGAGGGGA